AUGGAUCAGGACGGAGGGGGUCAAGCAGGAACAGGAACGCUGCAUAUGGCAAGUGAAGGAUUGGCUCUGCAUAUACCUCACAGUAUGUACUUUGCUCGGUUCCAAGUGGAGGCAGUAGUAAAGACAGGACAAGAGAUGACUGAGUCUGGGCACUUGCUCUCCAUCGAAUAA